AUGUUAUAUAAAGUACCGAUGAAAAACAUAUGGUCAUCUCGUUUUGAUAUUAAUAAAGAUCCAAUUCAUCAUAUUUAUAUUCAUAAUACAGAGAUGAUAAAAGAAUUUGUUAAUAAUUUUUCAAAUAUUACUGAUUUGAUAUUUGCUGAAACUUUUGAUGUAUCUCGUGAAUCAAUUAUAACCAAUCUUAAUCGUUUUAUUCAAUUAAAACAAUUUACUAAAUUAAAUUUUGAAUGUCAUCGAUUUCCUUUCGAACAAAUAAUUGAACUUUUACAUUUCACAAAAAAUAUUCAUACAUUAAAAUUAGAUUCUAUAUUACUUUAUCGAACUAAUUCUAUAUUGAUUCAACAAAAUGAAACAUUUCGAAUAGUAUUCAAUAUGAAUUUUGUGACCAAUGUAACAAUCAGUAAAGAAAUAACAUUAGAAAAAAUUCAAUUACUUACUACUCUUUUUCCACGAAUGAAAUAUCUUACAAUUAAUUUAUUUAAAGAAGUUUUGAAACCAGUAGUACGAUUUCUAUUAUCAAAAUCUAAUAUCAAUACUCGUUAUCUAUCAACAUUAUGUAUUUCAAAGCAGCGUUAUGAUUUGGUGAUCAAACUAAGAAGUAUGAUUAAGUUGGAAAAACUUCUUCAUGAUUAUAUUAUAAAAGUUAUUAAUCGAAAAUUGUAUUUAUGGUGGUAG